AUUUCUUUUCUCAUAUGUCAUACUAUAAGUGUUUCUCUUAAUGAAAAAAAAGUAUUAAUUUUCCAUUACUCUAAAAAAAAAUGGUAAUUUCGAAUAUUUAUUCGUUAAUGUUCCCUAGCGGAUCCGUAUACACCGUGUAAACUUAGUGUAAACUCGAUAUAUACCUAGUGUCAGUGUAAAUUAGGGGUUUAUUUAGUGUAUACUCGGUGCAUAUUGAGUAUACACCAAAUACACUCAAAGUUUACACUGAAUUUACACGGUGUAUAUGCGCACAAUAUACACAGAGUUUACACCGAGUAUACACUAAAAAAAAUUUUUGAAGUUCUCAGAACAUAUGUUGUGAAGAAAAUUUUUUUGAAAAAAAUUGAAAUAAAAAAAAAUAAAAUUCUGAAAAAAAAUUAACAUUUUUAUAAAAAUUAAAAUUUUCAGUAAAAUUAAAAAAAAAUAUACACAUAAGGUAAAAGACCCUGUUGUUGACCAUGACCCAGUUUCUGACCUUUUCAACUUUUUUCUAACUUACUUAAAAAACUAUAACUUUAAUAAGAAAAUCGAUUUUUUCUUAAUUUAUAGUAAUCUAUUCUGAGCCUAAUUAAUGGCAAUUUAAAAAACAUAGAAAUUAUUAACUGAAUAAAAAAAAAUGAUUUAGUCGUAGGUGGCUGAGGAAGCCAUUUUUUAAGUGUAGUGUAGUCUAAGCAGUUGACGUUAGAACGUGCAACAAUUGAAUCUGUGCACUAAUUAUCAUGUCAGUAAAAAAAUUUUAAUAAAAAUGUAUGGAUAGAUCAAUAUUUAAUUAAAAUUUAUUUUAAUAUACGUAUAAAACAUUAAAAUGAGUUUUGUUGCUAAAAUUUGAAGGUUAAUAACUAGGCUCAAUUUUAAAGGUGUGAUGAAUUUGUUGACCCUCAAAUUCUAACCUACUACGAACGAGGUUAUCUUUUUUAUUACAUGUCUAUAAAAUGUAAAAAUUAACAUAUUUAUAGUUUUAUUAAAUUAUUUUUUAUAAUACAGGUAUACAUUAACAUUAAAUAUUUAUUUUUAUAAAUAAAAGAUCAUAUUUAGAUCUUGAAAGUAUGUUUUUGGAGUGAUAAAAUGGAGGAAAAAAAAACCAGAGUAGUUUUAACAAAUGAUUUUAAUUUUUUAAUUUAUUGUUUUAUAGCAUGACUAAUUAUUUAUAUUUUAAAUAUUAAAAAAAAAUUUGUAUUUGUUAUAAAAAAUUUUUUUCCAGUCACACUUAAAAAACUUUUGACUUUGCUUACAGCACUUAAAAAUUUUUAUGAAAAUGGGACUUCGAAAAAAAUUUUUGGUGUAAACUUAGUGUAUACUCAGUGUAUAUACGCCGCGUAUACACCGUGUAUAUUUGGUGUAUACUUAGUAGAUAGCGAUCCGCUAGGGUUUUCAAUUGGUUUCUAUUAUAAAAAAAAAUUUAUUAUUUUUUGUCUCUAUAUAUUCCUGAUAAAAUUCAUUUCCUCUGCCUCGCUUUUCUUUUGGAAAAAAAAACAAUAUAUAUUUUUUUUUAAAAAAAAGAACUCAAAGAUAUACGUACAUACAUAAAAUGUCAAAUGUUUGUCCAUGAGUGAACAAAAGUUGGGGAAAAAAAAUUUUACGAUUUUUUUUCUUAUGCAGCAUUAGAACGUUCCAACAAUUAAUAGCAUAUUCUCUAUUUUAUUAUUAUUAUUAUUUUCAUUAUUACUAUUAUUAUUAUUUAUUAAUAAUAACAAUUUUAAUGAUAAAUGUAAUUAUUAUAUUAAAAAAAACCAAUCAAAUUACAUCAUAUCAUGAAGGACCUUUUCCUCCACCGUCCAUCUUACGGUUUUAAAUAAAUUUUAUUAUUAUUAUUAUAUAUUUUCGCUAUUAAAAAAAAAUAAAAAAAAUUUUGGAGAAAUUUUAUAUAGUAAAAAAAAAAUUCAUAUAAAUUCGUUCGUGUCAGCCGCCGGAGGGGUGCGCGUGGGCGUUAGUUAGGUUUGGAGCGGGGGUUUUCUUCGGUUUGAGGCCCUUUUUCCGAUAUUUCAUUUGCCUAUUUCGGAAUGGGUGUGAUCUAUUGUCUCCGAGUGGGGUUUAGUGAGUGGUUCGGGGAGAUCUGUUAUAAAAGUUAGUGUUUUAUUGUGUGAUCGUCUAUUUCCAAGAAGGUUAUUAUAACUAGUAACUAAUAACUGUUUCUACGAUGCCGCAGCUCCAAGUUAACUACUAUUUUCAGGAGUCCUUGUUAACAUUAACCGGGAUGUGGAUUUGUCUCCUGCGGGUCCUUCUGUGGGUCGGGCAGGCGUCCCGGUGCGGACGGCGUGUUUCCGUCAGCCGCCGGACUUUUAAAAGGGUGGUGUCCGCCUUUCAGAAAUUGUUCGACUUAUUUAAUUUUAUUUGCCUAGUAAAAAAUCCUGAGUAUCGUGUUGAUAUCAAGGGCAUGGUCUCCGUUGAUUUAAUGGCGCGAAGGAGAAUGCAGCGGAAAGCUGAUCGGAACGAGUGGUUCCAGCAGCGGCUGAUGCGGCCGGCUGAUGUCACCGAGCCCGAUGAUUUCGACUACAUCGGGAUUCGCUGGAUGCACGAGGGCCGCUGGGGAUGCGAUCAUCCAGCUGCUGAUUGGGCUCAUCCUGCGUGGAGUGAGCUCCCGUCAUUGGAGUAUUUCUACGCUUCUGACUAAAUUUAUUUUAAACGGAGAAAAAGAAAUUGUUUUUUCAUUUAUAAGAUUUUGUAUUCAAACCAAAUAAAUGGCGGCUCGUGAAGUCGUCGGAUGACAAAAAAAAAUGUUUUUAUUAUUAUUUCUAAUUAAGUUAUUUAGGAUUUUUUUUUCUUUUUCCUUUUUUUUUUAUUUUCCUUUAAUUAUUAUCAUUAUUUCUUUUCUAUUUUUUUUUGUUCUAGUAUAUUUUCUUUUAUUAUUCUUUUCUUUAUUAAUAUUUUUCGUUAUAAUUUACUAGCAAAAAAAAUUUUUUUUUUUUUUCUAUUAUUUUUUUUUUCUUUAUUAAUAUUUUUCGUUAUAAUUUA